AUGAUGCUUCCCAUGACCCUCCAUGGCAUGUCCUGUAUGCUGCUAUCUUGCCUGAUGCCCCUGUCUUGGGUACAAGGUGAAAUAUCCCAGGAGAAACUGCCUUCUCCAUGCACCAGCUACCCCCAAGAAUCCCAAGCCUGUGGCUCAUGUUGCUACAUACUGAUUCUGAAACCACAGACAUGGACUCAUGCGGAACUGCACUGCCAUAAGAGUUUCUCAGGACACCUGGCAUUUCUGCUCAUGUAUGGUGAAAUUAUCUUCAUGUCUUUUCUGGUGAAAAACAGUUUGACCACAUCCCCAUACAUCUGGAUUGGACUUCAUGAUCUCUCACAUGAGACAGUGAUGGAUGAAAUUGGAUGGAGGUGGAGCAGCUCUGACCCUCUGACCUACUAUAACUGGGAGAGGAAGCCCUCUCUAUGAAACCGUGGUUAUUGUGCAGCUUUGCCUCAGGCCUCAGGUUAUCAGAAGUGGAGAGAUUGUUAUUGUGACACAAUAUUUUCAUAUGUCUACAAAUUCAAGGGUUAG